CCACUACAUCCGCGGCAAAAGCUGCACCGCCUCUUCCCUGACGUCCACUUGCAAUAGCCCAGCUUUCGCCCUACACAUUUGUGGCUUCCGUGGACAUAUUAGCAACCGAUGCUUUUAGAUCUUAGUAAAAGCUAGCUUUGUCAAGGCGGCAAGAGGUCAUCUGGAGUCUCUUGCCUCGAAUCGCCCUGAUUCAGAAAGCCAACUCAUUCCUCCUGCGGUGCUUUGGGAAUUCGCGCCCUCCUCUGGUCUUGAUCCAGGCUCACAGGAAGCGCUAGGGGAGGACGCAGGUGACCAGGGGGCGGUGAAGGAGCCACAGCGAUUAACUCAAAAGAUUGAACCUGCAGACCAAGCUCAAAGUAGAAACUGAAAGUACACCGCCGGCUGAUCCUACGGAAGUUAUGGGAAAGGCAAAGCGCAGAGCCGGGCCGUGGUGUGUGCCGCCCCCCUGGGGAUGGAUGAAACAGAAGGCGCGGCGUGGGUAGGAGGAACCAGCGGCAGAGACAGCCCUACCCGGCGUGGACUCUCGGCAACUCCGCGGAAGACCAGGGUCCGGGGAGUGACUAUGGGCGGUGAGAGCUUGCUCCUGCUGCAGUUGCGGUCAUCAUGACCACGCCCGCCUCCCGCAGACCAUGUUCCAUGUUUCUUUUAGGUAUAUCUUCGGAAUUCCUCCCCUGAUCCUUGUUCUGUUGCCAGUAGCAUCAUCUGAUUGUGAUAUUGAAGGUAAAGACGGCGGAGUGUAUCAGAAUGUUCUAAUGGUCAGCAUCGAUGACUUGGACAGGAUGAUAGACUUUGAUAGCAAUUGCCUGAAUAACGAACCUAACUUUUUAAAAAAACAUUCAUGUGAUGAUAAUAAGGAAGCUUCAUUUUUAUAUCGUGCUGCUCGAAAGUUGAAGCAAUUUAUUAAAAUGAAUAUCAGUGAGGAGUUCAAUCACCAUCUAUCAACAGUUUCACAGGGCACAUUAACACUGUUCAACUGCACCAGCAAGGUUAAAGGAAGAAAACCACCUUCCCUGGGUGAAGCCCAACCCACUAAGAAUUUGGAAGAAAAUAAAUUUUUAAAGGAACAGAAAAGACAGGGGGACUUGUGUUUCUUAAAGAUACUACUGCAGAAGAUAAAAACAUGUUGGAAUAAAAUUUUGAGGGGUGCUAAAGAAUAUUGAGAGAUACGGAGUGGCAAUAUAAAAACUCAAGAGUUUUAUGUAUCCUCCAAGAAUCUAUCUGCUCAUGCAAUUCCCCGGGGUAAAGUGCCUCCUGGAAGUGACUGAACGCAUGAUGGUAAAAAUGGAAUGGAUUACAUUAAUACUAGUGCUAGAAGAUGGACAUAAACAAUGGAAACCGAAUGCUGCAAUCAACAAACUGUUGCACAUGUAUGUGGACAUGUACCAAUUGGUAUUAAUUCCCAGCUGAUUUUAGUAAGACAAUCCAUGUAAGAUAUUAGUUGCAAUGAUACUUUUUAAAUCUGUUUAAAAUGUUCAGAAGAAGACAUGUAAGUUCUAUGAAGUAUAUACAGGGUACAAGGAUUAAAAAUCAACAUUGAAUUAUUGCCAAAAUAGUUUCAUGGCCCACUAUGCAUCGGUAUACUGCAAUGAGAGUGGAAAUUGUCUUCUGUGCUAGAAGUGUUUCCAGGUUAACAGUGAGAUACGGAUAAGGUGCAUGAGAACAAGAGUCAUGCACCUUAAAGAAGCAGUAAGCAUAAGAAAGGAGUCCAUGAUACUUAAGAGAGGUAUCAAGAGAUGUAAUUAAACAUGAAUGUAUAACACAGUGCCUUUAAUAAAUGAUUCAGCAAAUGUUUUAAAAUGAAAAUAAAGAAUAAUUUCACAAAAAAGUCAUCUGUUCCAAGGAUGCUAAACCAUAGUACUGAAUUACUUUUGUCAUUUAUGUGUAAUAAAAAUUGUCUAAAUGAGUUUGCCAUUUGGGAAGUAUAUUUUUAAGAGAAUAAUAUAUGUUAGCCUUUUAAUUAAUGGACUGUAUAUUUAAUUUUGACAGUAUAUCUGUAUAUAAAAUAGUUUCAUACCAUAUUACAAAUUGCUUCCUUUGGAUAGCAUUUCU